AUGUCGCUUGCACAUGCAGCUGCGGAGUACAUGCUCUCAGACGCCCUGCUGCCUGACCGCCGGGGCCCCCGCCUCCAAGGCCUGCGCCUGGAGCUCCCCCUGGAUCGCAUAGUCAAGUUCGUAGCCGUGGGCUUCCCCUUGUUGCUGAUGUCCCUGGCCUUUGCCCAGGAGUUCUCCUCCGGGUCUCCCAUCAGCUGCUUCUCGCCCGGGAACUUCAGCGCCCGGCAGGCCGCCUAUGUGGACAGCUCCUGCUGGGACUCGCUGGUUCACCACCAGCUGGAUGAGUCUGGGCGGUACCAGCUGAAAUCCCUCUGGCCUCACAAGGCCCUCCCCUACUCCCUGCUGGCCCUGGCGGUGGCCAUGUACCUGCCAGUGCUGCUGUGGCAGUACGCAGCCGCGCCGGCCCUCAGCUCCGACCUGCUGUUCAUCAUCAGCGAACUGGACAAAUCCUACAACCGCUCCAUCCGCCUGGUGCAGCACAUGGUGAAGAUCCGGCACAAGAGCUCGGACCCCCACGUUUUCUGGGAUGAGCUGGAAAAGGCCCGCGGAGAACGGUACUUUGAGUUCCCCUUGCUGGAGCGGUACCUGGCAUGCAAGCAGCGCUCACACUCACUGGUGGCCACCUACCUCCUGCGGAACUCACUCCUGCUCCUCUUCACCUCGGCCACCUACCUGUACCUGGGCCACUUCCACCUGGACAUCUUCUUCCAAAAGGAAUUCAGCUGUUCUGUCAAGACGGAGCUGCUCAGCGAUGAGACCGACGUCCCCGAUCUCAUCACCUGCCGGCUGACCUCCCUGUCUGUCUUCCAGAUCGUCAGUCUCUCCACGCUAGCCAUAUACACCGUCCUGGUGCCGGUGAUCAUCUACAACCUCACCCGGCUGUGUCGGUGGGACAAACGGCUUCUGUCCAUCUACGAGAUGCUCCCGGCGUUUGACCUCCUCAGCAGGAAGAUGCUGGGGUGCCCCAUCAACGACCUCAAUGUGAUCCUCCUUUUCCUCCGAGCCAACAUCUCGGAGCUCAUCUCUUUCAGCUGGUUGAGUGUCUUGUGUGUGCUGAAGGACACGACCACCCAGAAGCACCACAUUGACACGGUGGUCGAUUUCAUGACUUUAUUAGCUGGCUUAGAACCCUCAAAACCAAAACACCUCACUCGCCAGAUCAGUGAUGAGAACCCGUAG